AUGAACCGCAGCCACCGGCACGGGGCGGGCAGCGGCUGCCUGGGCACCAUGGAGGUGAAGAGCAAGUUUGGAGCUGAAUUUCGUCGGUUUUCCCUGGAAAGAUCAAAACCUGGAAAAUUUGAGGAGUUCUAUGGAUUACUGCAACAUGUUCAUAAGAUACCCAAUGUUGACGUUCUAGUAGGCUAUGCAGACAUCCAUGGAGACUUACUCCCUAUAAAUAAUGAUGAUAAUUAUCACAAAGCUGUUUCAACGGCCAAUCCACUGCUUAGGAUUUUUAUACAAAAAAAGGAAGAAGCAGACUACAGUGCCUUUGGUACAGACACACUAAUAAAGAAGAAGAAUGUUUUAACCAAUGUAUUGCGUCCUGACAACCAUAGAAAAAAGCCACAUAUAGUCAUUAGUAUGCCCCAAGACUUCAGACCUGUGUCUUCUAUUAUAGACGUGGAUAUUCUCCCAGAAACACAUCGUAGGGUUCGUCUUUACAAAUAUGGCACUGAGAAACCCUUAGGGUUCUACAUCCGGGAUGGCUCCAGUGUCAGGGUCACACCGCAUGGCUUAGAGAAGGUCCCAGGGAUCUUUAUAUCCAGACUUGUCCCAGGAGGCCUGGCUCAAAGCACAGGACUAUUAGCUGUUAAUGAUGAAGUUUUAGAAGUUAAUGGCAUAGAAGUUUCAGGGAAGAGUCUUGAUCAAGUAACAGACAUGAUGAUCGCCAACAGCCGCAACCUCAUUAUAACAGUGAGACCAGCAAACCAGAGGAAUAAUGUUGUUCGGAACAGUCGGACUUCUGGCAGCUCUGGCCAGUCCACAGAUAACAGCCUCCUGGGCUAUCCCCAGCAGGUAGAACCGAGCUUUGAGCCAGAGGACGAAGACAGUGAUGAAGAUGACAUUAUUAUUGAAGAUAACGGAGUGCCGCAGCAGAUUCCUAAAGCUGUUCCUAAUACCGAGAGCCUUGAAUCAUUAACGCAAAUAGAACUCAGUUUUGAGUCUGGACAGAACGGUUUUAUUCCUUCUAAUGAAGUGAGCUUAGCACCUGUAGCAAGUGGCACAAAUACAGAAACACAUGCUCCGGAUCAAAAACUCUUAGAAGAAGAUGGAACGAUCAUAACACUAUGAAACCUUUGUCUGAAUGUCUUUGGAGUGAGGAUGCCAUUGGGACUUGUAAAUUUGGCUAGUUUAUUAAAGCAUAUAUACCUCUGAACCAGUGACCGGGAGUAGGCAUGAGAAAAAUAAUAUUGCAAGCCUAAAAUGUUAUUAAAAUAGUAGUUUGAUAAUUGUUAAUAUAAACUUUGGUUUGUCAGAGGUGAGUUUAAGUCUAAAAGGGGCCUUUGCUAAUGAAAUUAUGGCGCUUGCUAUUUUGUCUCUAGAGAACUGGAUGUUAGCACACAUUCUCAGAGCUAUGAGAGGACCAGAUCAUUUCCAUUUGAAGUGGUUGCAUAUUUAACCUGCUGUGCAGAGCCCAGUUA